AUGGCCCCGAGCCGCGACCACAUCAGAGUCAUCGUUCCCUUCAUCGAUGGCAAUGACGCCAAUCGAAAGAACGGCAAGAUAUCUGGGUCUGACGAAAAGAUUGAGAGAUGGGGCCGCGACGGCGGCAAGCUCGAGGUCGUGAUGGUUUCGCUGGAGACCAGCGGGCCCUGCUACGGAAGCCGCGAAGAAGCAAGGAUCGGCCGCAGCCUCGAUGCUGCCCUGGGGCCUCACCCGACAUUCUUUUUCGUUCGCCUGGACUGGUCCGGCGAGCUGCGCAACCUGCCAAAUGCCACCUUGAACCGUGAGGAUUGCCAGCAAGUUCGGGAGCACUACGGAGCCACAGCCAAGCAUGACGCAUCCUCCAAGGGUAAAAGUUGGUGGGCCCAUCUUGCGGACACGCACAACUUCUUGAUCCGGCUGCAAGAUUGCCAGCAGCCCAGCGGGCUCGAGAUGAUGUCAGUACUACAUGGUCAGGCACAGGGCCUGGGUGGAUUGUUCUACGUCCCAAACCGGCCGCUGGUCAUCCAUCCCGACAAAAAGGUGGCACUGAGCUCAGAGCCCGAGGCUCGUCGCUGGAAUCUACCCUACAUACCAUUUGACUUUUGCGAAAGUGACCCAGCCGCCUUGCGCCGUCGGUGGUCCGGGAUGAGAUUCCUCGUCAGCAUGGUCGAGGUAGGCCGAGGUACCGGCGACUGGGUCGCAAUCAUCUUCGAUAGGUACCGUCAACAAGAGACAGACAAGGCGCCACACUUGUACGUGUUGGACCCUCACACCACCGGGCGAAGCGAGCGAGCAGAUUAUGUCAUUCAAGUUUGGCGCCAGAUCCUGACGGAGAUCGGAUAUCCCGCGGCUUUCAUGGCAUACGUGCUUCCCCUGACUAGCCGACCGGGGCACUGGGCCACGGGUUAUAUUGCCAUGUUUGCCGCUAUGCAGGCCAUGCGUGGCCUUUCCGGAGACAGGAUCAUGACCAUGUUGCACAACGUCAAGAUGGUGCCGCGCCGAACGCGACUGUUCCCCGAGCCCAGCGACCCGGGCGACCCGCUGUACGAGAUCGAUGACGAGACACGUCUCUACCUCUACGGCGGCAACAGCGACCUUCGGUUCCGGGAUUGGUGCAUCAGCAUCAAACAUGACACGCGGGAGGCCGACGUGCGCAGGUCGCUGAACUGGGUGCUUCAUCACCUCGUGGCUUGUGCUGUGUCAGAAUUGGGCAUACGAAAGGACACGAGCUUCAGUCAAACCCCGCUCCGCCAAUUGCAGUUCAACAUGGAGCCAAUCGCCGCCGACAUUGAGAAAUGGGAGCCGCUGAGAGCCAACAGCAACCUCACAGCCUUUGGCGGAUUCAACCCCAUCCGCCCGGCCUUUGACAUGGGGCAACGCUUCAGCGCCCAUUGCAUAGGCCGUGUCCAGUUGAAGGAGUAUGACACUCUUGGGAAUCACCUGAACCCGCUUCGUGGAGCACCUUAG